UUGAGAUGGGAAGCUGCUCGCAGAGUCAAGCGACAUGCAUGUUGUCAUAGCGAGAGAGCGCUGCCCUGCUUCGGUGUAGCUGACGCACGGAUAUCCAGCUUUUUUUUUUUGUCGCCCCCAGGCUUUGACGUUACGUGAAACUCGAGAGUGUGUGUUGGUGCCAGCGUGCCCUGGCGUGCGGAGGGGCAGGCAGAGUGACGGACAGAGAGACGGAGAGUGCACAGCCCAGGAGGGAGCGCAGGGUCGACGCGGCCAUGAGGGAGGAGCUCUCCGGGGCCGACUCCCCCGAGGGGGGCCGGGUGGCCAGCGAGGAGGAGCUGGAGCGCGGGCCCAAGACGGGCAGCGGGCGCAAGCGGGUGCCGUACCCCAAGAAAGACGGCGCUGAGGAGAAGGGGGCGGGCAGCCCGCUCAGCACGGCGGCGCCGUCCGGGCCCAAGCGGCUGAAGAAGAGCCCCCCGGCGGCGGCGGCGGCGGCGGCGGCCGUGCCGGCGGCCCCCGGGUCCGACGCGGGGUCCCGGCAGCCCUUCGAGGACCUGCACACCCAGCGCGUGAUCGCCAACGUCCGCGAGCGCCAGCGUACGCAGUCGCUGAACGACGCCUUCGCCUCCCUGCGCAAGAUCAUCCCGACCCUGCCCUCCGACAAGCUGAGCAAGAUCCAGAUCCUCAAGCUGGCCUCGCGCUACAUCGACUUCCUCUACCAGGUGCUGCAGAGCGACGAGAUGGACAGCAAGCUGGCCAGCUGCAACUACCUGGCGCACGAGAGACUCAGCUACGCCUUCUCUGUCUGGAGGAUGGAGGGGGCCUGGUCAAUGUCUGCCACCCAUUAG